AUGCCUCGUCGUGCAGCAAAUAAACCUGGGUCACAGUCGACACUGUCCUUCGGGGGCAGAGUCACCAAACCAGUCACCGCACCAUCCCACAAAGCCAAGGCCCUCGACUCAACUCCAGCGCCCUCCGACAAGUCUGCCUCCAUCACUCCGGAGCCCCAGCAGCUGUCUGUUACCCCAAAUGAGCCCUCCAAGCCCCAUGUUGCAGAGCUAGCGGUGCGACAGCAGGCCACAGUCGAACACCAAGCGCCCCGGUCUGAAGAGGACAAGCGGGCACUGAAGUUGAGCAAGCAGGAUAUCUGGCGGUACUGGCGGGCUCAAGAGCAGACCCGCAAGGCACCUAGGGCCCACCAGGAAGGCAUGGAUGUAGAGGAAAAGAUUCUCCGGCAUUUUGAUCUUUCUAGCCAAUAUGGGCCCUGCAUUGGAAUCGCCCGGGUCAAGCGCUGGAGACGGGCUAAUCUGCUGAAGCUCAACCCGCCCAUCGAAGUUCUUGCAGUUCUUCUCAAGGGGAAGAAUACAAACGAGCGAGCACAUAUUGAUGAAUUGUUAUCCUGA